CUGCUCCUGGAGGGGGUGCCCAGGUCAACGAGAGAAACCCAGGAGGAGAGACUCCUCUCCUGGCCGUGUGUAAUGCCCUGAGAGGGGAACCCACUGAACCUGGAACCCUGAAACUGCUCAGAUACCUACUAGACAACCAGGUAGACCCUAAUGCCCAGGACCGGUCAGGCCGUACAACUCUGAUGUAUUCCUGUAUGGAGAGGGCUGGAGCUCAGCUAGCCUCUACUCUCCUCUCAGCUGGAGCUGACCCCAGUAUGGAGGACUACUCUGGAGCUUCAGCUAUGGUCUACACUAUCAAUGCACAGCACCAGCCUACACUACAGGUGCUACUGGACGCAUGCCGCGCCAAAGGCCGUGUCGUCAUCAUCAUCACUAUGGAGAUGGGUGUGAGCGGAGGACCGGUGACGAGGCGCUACCUGAACGUUCUGCCGUCUCCCGACGCAUCACCUGCAUGUCACCCUCUGACAUCAUCAUCAAGACGGGUUCACCCAACUCACUUGAGGGAGAGAAUGUGUUCAAUUUCAGAGGAUCAGGUUAGAGGGAGGGAGGGAAGGAAGGUGUUAAACAUCUCAGGAACCUGUCUCAUACUUUCUUAUCUCAUCACAGGUAAGAGGGGGAGUGGCAGCAGCAGCAGAUUCUCCCCAUGUGAGCUGAGUCCAGUGGACCAGUCCUGUAUCCCCCCUCCCAGACAGCGACAGUGGUCUGAACCAUGGCUAGCUAUUCACAAUCUGUCUUGACUUAACAAGGUCUACCAAGAGGGAAGGAGGAAAGGGAGAAAAAGGUUCUCUUCAUCAUGACUUUAAGAAGGAAAGGAGGGAGAAGGCCGAGCUAGAGGAAGAGGUGGGAGAUGAUAAGGAGAGCCGAUCUGUCCAUCUCUACCAUAAGGAGAUCUCUUCCGGGGCCUCUUGUUCUCUCCUCUGUCCCACAGAGGAACACCUUUCCCAGGCAGCCCAGAGCAGACUGUCCCCUGAGAGGAGGCUAGCCCCUGGAGGUUCCACCUUGGAUUUAUACAAAGAACACCCCAGUACUCAAACUGCUUUACAUUAUAGAGGGGGAUCUAAUCUCAUCGGAUGCGACCCAAUGACCCGGAAGUGCUCUGUGGACAGACUUCCUCCCUGCUCUUCCUCUUGCUGGCAGGGGGCUUGUAGGAACACCCUCCCAUCCUUGACUCCAGCUCCACCCCUUCUUCAUCUGCCUCCCCUAUCAUGUUAUGAGUCUCACCCUCAGGUCCCGCCCCUUGGCCUACCUGUUGCAGGUGUAGGUAUGGGGUGUCGGACACAGCUGCCCUCCCCCUCUUCCCCCCCCCCCUUCUCUUCCCUUUAAAACAAUAUUUAGACCAGGCUUUCUGCCUCCUCUACCUCUUCCAUUCCUGCUCUCCAUCUCAUCCUCCUCUGUUCCCCCUUUCCCUCCCUCCCAGUGAGAGGUCACCUCGACGUCACUAUCCAGCUGGAGCCGCUGAGAGGAGGCGGAGGAAUAGAGGAAGAACAGAGGAGACGAGGGAGAGGAGGAAGGGAGGAGCGGGAGUGAGAACCUAUGUUAGCUGUUAUGGUGUGAUAUGUGUAGUUACUUGUAAUAACCUCUAGAGCAUGCUGGACACUUAUUUAGUGCUUGCUGACCUGAAUGUGUGGAUUCAUAUCAACAGUCUAAAGCCGUAAUCUCCAAUCCAAAUAAUUAGUUCGAAUCAUUUGUUUAUUAGAUAUUUCCUAUCUAUACUGUAUGGAUAAUAAAACCCAUCCUUUAUUCA